GCUGCAUUCGCUUCAUGUUCUAUUUUAUUCAAUUCUUUGUCCGUCCCGUUUGCCUCGUUUUUACUCUCAGCCGUCCCAUAUCGACUUAGUCGCGCUUUCUCUCUCUCUCUCUCCCUCUCUCUAUUUCUAUUUCUUUAGUCGCUGUUUCCAGAAGCUCCCCUCAUGCACUCCUGGCAUAUCUCGUUGACUUCCUAUCGCAUCGCAUCGCAUCGCAGCGCAUCCGCUUUCGGGCAGGGGUGGCCGUCCGAUAAUAUUACGUGCACACCAAGGGCCAAGGGGGGACCCAGGCAAGCCGUUAAACAUCUUACAUCCCUCGCACGCCGUGCACCCACCCACGGGGCCCCUUUUCUUCUUUGGCUUCUGAGACAACAGGACCAUCGCGCCUUUGUUCUGCCUCGUGCGCUUGUGUGAGCACCCACGGGCUGUGGCGUUGCUCUAGGUCGUCCUUUGGCUUUCUUUGCCCGGGAUCCAGCCAUCCAAUUUGUCCUGUUGUCGCCAUUCCUGCCGCCCAUGUUCUGGCCCAGGCGCUAGCCUACCGCAACCUAGCCGGGAUCGCCUGCUGAGGAUCGUCUUGUUUAUCAACACAACCCCCUCCAUCCUCCGAAAUCACGCCCUUGACAAAAACAGCCGGCCGACAACGGGAGCGUGCUGUGUUGCGCAUGUCGCGUGUCUUUUGCCACAUUCAUCCGCAUCUCAUUAUUGCCGCUUAAUCCCUACAUGACGACGCGUCCAUCAUCGCAUUCCAACCGGCGCAGGAUCCCAAGAAAUGAUGGCAUCCUCGCCUCUCACCGGCCCGAUACCAUCCCUAGCCCCCAUGGCGCCGUUGCGCGUGGCGCGCUGUGGCACGCCUAGGACUCCCGAGCCCAUGGCAAGGGAUGGUGGCUCUCAUUCGAGGGCGCCGUCACCACCGCGCCCGCGCUUCAAGCUCAAGCGCCGAGCUGUCUCGGCCCAGAACCCCCUCUCGGCUCCCACGCAGCACUUCCUCGCGUCGGUCGCCGCCGCCGAUAUCCCGAUUCCCAGCAUCGAAGAGCCUGAAAUUGCGGCGGACCAUGACGUUGACAUGGCGUGCGCGUUUGUUGACAUAAGCCGCCACAGUCUCAUGUCGCACGAGAACGAUGAUGAUAUGGACCACGACCUGUCACUGAAUUUGCGAGGCCGCCAGUUCUCAAUCCCCAAGACGCCCGCGCCCUGUAUCGCGCCCUCUCUUUCACCCAAUAGGUACCCCAACUGGUCCACGGGCUCGGCGUUUAGCAGCUCCACCGAUGGCGAAUCUAGCCCCGAACCAGACUUCUCCUCCCUAAGCAGGCCAUCGACAUCUCGCUCCACCUACACAAACGCGUCUCUUUUCAGUCGCCUCUCGCAUUUCUCCGAUUUCAGCCCAGAACCCGAGUCUGUCAAGCAAUCGAUGCAAGAUGUAGAAUCGCAGGACGCGACCAGCGCGCAUGCCCGCGGGAGGAGUCGGAGGGCGCCGUGGACCAAGCCCAUGAGCUCGCACCUGUGGGCAACUUACAUGAUGUACCUGCAAGACCCGAGGGUGACACCAUUUCGUACUGGCAAGGGCUGCAUCCCGCCACAUGGCGUGUGCCUCAGGGUCGCCCGGGAGGCCAAAAAAAGCUGGAAGGGGUCCAAGGCCUCCAAGAGGACGGACCCUACGGAUUCUUUGAAGAGUGGAAGCUCAACACCGGUCGCAAACGCGACCGGAACCUUCAUCGAAUGGCCACACACGUGCGCCGCCACCAGAAAGCACCUCCGCGAGCUCUGCAAGCUGAGGGCAGCUGCCCCUGGAGGAGGCCUAGGCCUUCGGUACAUGUCGCGAAGCCCAACACCCUUCGUGCACGCGGCCACGCGCCACUGGAAUCACCGGUCGACUCCCGUCCAGCCCACUGGCUCGGCAUUUGCCACCAACGACAUUGCCAUGUCGCUGGCCCUGAGUACAGCAGACUCUAUGCAGCCGAAUGGUCCCCUCGCGAAGCUAGCCGGCUCCGAUGUUGCCACGCCCCAGCCAGCAGCCGCGAAGCCAAUAGCCAUGAAAACUCCCCAAAAGCCAAUGGUAACUCCCGACCACGCGCCUCCGCCGCCGAACAACCGGACCCAGUGGGCGCCCCGGCAGCCCUCGUUUUCCUUUGACCAGCCGCGGCGACUUGGCUCGCCGUUUGUCGUCCCAAACAGCUACGGGCCAAGCUCGACCACUUCGCUAGCUGCAGUUUUGGGUCUUUCCGCAGGCAGCGCGUACACAACGCGACAGGCCCCGUCCAGCGCCGUGGGUCAGCGUCGCGCCACGCUGCAGUCUCCCGCGCGGCUCAGCAGCCGUGCAGGCAUGCAUAAGAGGCGCAGUACAGCCUUGGCUGGCGGCAGGGCGUCGCAGCAUGAGAUGCGCCGCAAACGACCCAGCCUGGGGAGUGACUUUUGGACCGACCCGACAAAAGGGAACAUGUCGUCAUCGUCAGCGGGCGACCACGUGCCCAGUGAUGCGGAGAUGACCGCCGCCACCUUUGGACAGGCGCCACCGAGCGCAAGCUCGUCCAUGGACUUUUCCAUUCCCCGGACCACAGGCUCCCUCGGAUCGUCCCUGGCCGACCGAAGCCACCAGCCACAACGCCAGGCUCCGCCGUCCCUGCCCACAACUCCUCCCAGCAGGGCACAGCUGGCCCCACCUGCGAACCCGCCACCUCGGCUCGGGUCGCCAUUCUCCAUGACCAGCACGUCCUUCAGCUUCCCAAAUCGCAUGUUCCAACCGACCUCGGAGGCCCGAAAUGACGCCGAUGUGUUUUUGAGUGGCCCGCGCAACAGGUCCUACUCCACCGUGCACACGUACCAGCCUCCGAUGGCGCAACCUACGUUUUUCAGCUCGGGACAAGGUGCUGUCGUAGCUGGCCGUGUACGUGCUCGUGCGCCUUCGGCUGCUGCCAUUGAGGGCCGCGCUCCCGGACGCGACAACUUGGCACGGCGGCUGGCAUACAUCGACGACCGGCUGAAGGAGCUGCGGAGCCGAGAUCUCAACCAGCGCGGAUCGGAGUCGCCCUUCUGAUCUUGCACGUCGUUGCCCUGCCCUUGGCGAAAUAAAGAAACAGGGGACGCACCCUACCCACUCGUUCAAACUCCGCAUGGAUACCAUAUCUCUUUUGUUUUCACGACACUCUUAUGAUGACCAGAUACCGCUUCGGAUGGCAAUAGCAGCCUUCGGACGACGCAGCAUUUACGCCGGUUUAUGUGGUUGAAGAUGUCACUCAACCCCCUAAUCGACUAAUAUCCACCUCCCUCGGGCAGCAUUUCCAUGAUGCCCGAGGGGGAUUGACGGCUACUGUUCACUUGUUUCCAACCGAGUUCCCGGCCUUCGUCCCUCCGGGGCCUUCUUCUUGUCACUUCCUUAUUCUUACUCGCUGUUUUUUUUCUCUCAUUUUCCGGCUUUUAUUUCCGGGUUUCAUCUCUCUCGACCUUUUGUCUCGCUCGUAUUUGUUGCCACUCUGCAUUCGAUCAUAUUGACAAGGACACUUGCGUCUCAUAGUACAGUAUUUCUGGACCAUUUGUCAGGCUCUGUUCUUUUGCAUACGUUAUUCUCGUCGCGGGGCUUCAAGUCAACUUGAUCACUUGUAUCUUUUUCUUUCCGAAUACGUGCAAGAUCUUGGCGGAGCUCGUCAUUCAGACGAUCGACCCCAAGAAGGCGAAGAGCUCACGAUACGAUAUGAUUAUGACCUAGUUUCUUGUUAUUGCUUUAUCGUUGCGAUUUAUCUUCUGCCGUCCAAGCUUUUUCUAUGCCAUGGUUCGGUGCUAUUUUUCUUCCUUUUCUUCACAUUUUCCGUACCCGCUUCCUUCGCGUUCUGGCUCCUUAAUUCCGCGGCACCCUGGGUCAAGGGCUUUCGCACCUUGCAUUGCAAACUUCAUACGUAUCAUGAUUCGGAGUUAUUGCAGGGAGGCUCACGGCAAGGAAUCGGCCCUUGCCAUUGAUGCUUCUUCUUUUAUCUUGCUCUUAUUCAAAAGUUAUGACGACACGACCAGAUUAGUUCUUACCUAGAGGCCACCGCAAUAGUGGUACUUUUGGCGGUCCUCACAUGAUAGCUCUACUCCAGGCAUGGACAUGUUUUUACGAUUCAAUGAAAAGUCGAGUUGUUCACCUGACAC